UCAAGAAGGUGUCAGUGAGAAAGUGGAAAAUAAAUUAAAUAGUAUGACCCUACAAUUAAAACCGAAUGAUCGGUUUUAUUUUUUCCUGAAGUGCCUCAAACGCCCCCAACAAAACAAUGGGUCUAUUUGGUUAAGGAAUAGUCACCACUUAACAGUCAAUAAAAUUAUAAACUUUAAAGGGCAUCAGUUUCAUCACUUUUGGGCUACGCCACACCACAUCAACCAGACGAACAUCAGGCAACGCUGGAAACCAAACAAUUAGAAAAUGUUGACCAAAAAAACCGUCAAAUCAUCCUGGACCAAUGCUGCUACAUUUUUUAAGAGCAAAAUCACUGCAUGAUUCACUGUCACCGUGUGUGGUGCCGUCAUCGAUAGGGAUCAUUUCUGAAGUGCAGACAGACUACAGUAGGCUACAGUGCCUGUGGAAUUCCUCAUCUCCUCGGUUGCUAGUCAGAGCUGAAUUCUGAAUCUCUUUUGUCCACACGGACGUUCCAUAGGCUGAUGCAGGCUUGGUCGAAGAAAGAAACCCGAGCGGUCUAGACCAGCAGCGCUGUCCGCUUCAAGUCUGCAACACAGUCAUCAUGAUCACAAAAAUGGCUGCUGUGUUUAUUCAACAUCAUUAAGAUACUGAGCAGCUCACGUCGCCACAACUUGGCUCAUUGCUGGGAAAGGGAUGUCUACUCCAGAACCCCCAGAGGGGGGUGCACAGAGGCCAGGUCCCUCCCCUGGUCCUGGGGCUGGAUCUGGUGCUGGUCCCGGUGCUGGUCCGGGCCAGUCCCCCGGCUCCACCCACGGCAUGAUGGGCCGCAGCCCCGGCCCCCCGCCCUCCUCCUCCUCCUCCUCCUCUCACGGCGGCCCGUCAUCUGGGCCCCCGGGGGGGUUUAGUAGCCAGGAGAACAUGCAUCAGAUGCACAAGCCUGGAGAUGCCAUGCUGGAGAAAGGCAUGUCUGAGGAUCCUCGUUUUGGUCAGAUGAAGGGGAUGGGCAUGAGAGGUGGGGGGCAUGGAGGAAUGGGCCCCCCGCCAAGCCCCAUGGACCAGCACUCACAAGGUUACCAGUCUCAUCUGAGUGGCUCUGAGCACAGCUCCAGUCCCGGGUCCGGUAGUGGCCCCCCCUCGGGCCCCCCCCUGGCCUCCUCCUCCUCCUCCGGUGCCGGUCCGGGGCCCAUGGACACGCAGCCAGAACCCUCCCAGCAGCCCACCAUGUGUCAGCCGACAGCGGGCCGCGGGGCACCGUCCCACGUAGGCCACGGCAGCGGCACCGGCACCAGCAGCGGCGGUCCUGCUUCUUCCUCCACCGGCGCCAACCCCGACGGCCCGUGUGGUGGACCCACCCCGUUCAACCAGAACCAGCUGCAUCAGCUGCGGGCCCAGAUCAUGGCCUACAAGAUCCUGGCCCGCGGGCAGCCUCUCCCGGACCACCUGCAGAUGGCCGUGCAGGGCAAGCAGCCCAUGCCAGGCAUGCAGCAGCAGCAACCCAUGCCCGCCAUCCCGCCCUGCCCAGGGGCGCCUACCGGGAACAUGGGGCCGGGCUUCAGCAGAGCUCACGGUCCAAUGGUCAACGCCACCACGCCGUCCAACGCCCCCCAGAAGCUGAUCCCUCCCCAGCCCACGGGCCGCCCCUCCCCCACCCCUCCCUCCGUGCCCUCGGCCGCGUCCCCGGUGAUGCCCCCCCAGACCCAGAUGCCCGGCCAGCUGCCCCCGAUGCCCCCACACCAGCACCAGCAGCAGCACCACCACCACCAGCAGCAGCAGCAGCAGCAGCAGGCGCCCACCCCCAUGAUGUCCAUGCACCAGAAGCAGAUCCGCAUCACCCCCAUCCAGAAGCCCCUCGGCCUGGACCCCGUGGACAUCCUGCAGGAGAGGGAGUGCAGGUUGGAGGCCCGUAUCACACAUCGCAUCCAGGAGCUGGAGAACCUUCCGGGUUCGUUGGCUGGAGAUCUUCGCACCAAAGCCACCAUCGAGCUGAAGGCCCUACGCCUGCUCAACUUCCAGAGACAGUUGAGGCAGGAGGUGGUGGUGUGUAUGCGGCGUGACACAGCGCUGGAGACGGCUCUGGACGCGCGGGCCUACAAGCGCAGCAAGCGGCAGUCCCUGCGUGAGGCGCGCAUCACCGAGAAGCUGGAGAAACAGCAGAAGAUCGAGAGGGAACGCAAGAGGAGGCAGAAACACCAGGAGUACUUGAACAGUAUCCUGCAGCAUGCUAAGGACUUUAAGGAGUUCCACCGCUCCAUCAGCGGCAAGAUCCAGAAGCUGACCAAGGCGGUGGCCACCUACCACGCCAACACGGAGCGCGAACAGAAGAAGGAGAACGAACGCAUAGAGAAGGAGAGGAUGAGGAGGCUGAUGGCGGAGGACGAGGAGGGCUACCGUAAGCUGAUUGACCAGAAGAAGGACAAGCGGCUGGCCUACCUGCUGCAGCAGACGGACGAGUACGUGGCCAACCUGACCGAGCUGGUGCGCGCCCACAAGGCCGUGCAGGCCCUCAAGGAGAAGAAGAAGAAGAAGAAGAAGAAGCCGGUGGAGAACGCUGAGGGCCAGACAGGAGGAGUGGGCCCGGAUGGAGAGCCACUGGAUGAGACGAGUCAGAUGAGUGACCUGCCGGUGAAGGUGAUCCACGUGGACAGCGGCAAGACCCUGACGGGGGUGGAGGCCCCCAAGGCCGGCCAGCUGGAGACCUGGCUAGAGAUGAACCCCGGCUAUGAAGUGGCUCCCAGGUCAGACAGUGAGGAUACUGGAUCAGAGGCAGAAGAGGAGGAGGAGGAAGAGCAGCCUCAGUCCUCCUCCCAGACCCCGUCCUCCACGGAGGAGAAGAAGAAGAUCACCGAUCCUGAAGGGGAAGACGUGUCCGAGGUGGACGUACGACACAUCAUCGAGGAGGCCAAGCAGGAUGUGGAUGACGAGUACGGUAGCGCUGCCUUUGCGCGCGGCUUGCAGUCCUACUACGCCGUGGCGCAUGCCGUCACCGAGAAGGUGGACAGGCAGUCCUCUCUGCUCGUCAACGGCCAGCUCAAACACUACCAGAUCCAGGGUCUGGAGUGGCUGGUGUCCCUGUACAAUAACAACCUGAACGGGAUCCUGGCUGAUGAGAUGGGUCUGGGCAAGACCAUCCAGACCAUCGCCCUCAUCACCUACCUCAUGGAGUACAAGCGCAUCAACGGGCCCUUCCUCAUCAUAGUGCCCCUCUCGACUCUCUCCAACUGGGUAUAUGAGUUUGACAAGUGGGCGCCGUCUGUGGUGAAAGUCUCCUACAAGGGAUCUCGAACUGCGAGAAAAGACUUCGUCCCGAUGCUGCGCGGUGGCAAGUUUAAUGUGCUGCUGACCACGUAUGAGUAUAUUAUCAAAGACAAGCAAAUCUUGGCCAAGAUCCGCUGGAAGUACAUGAUCGUAGACGAGGGCCACCGCAUGAAGAACCACCACUGCAAGCUGACACAGGUGCUGAACACGCACUACCUGGCCCCGCGCCGUGUGCUCCUGACGGGGACCCCCCUGCAGAACAAGCUUCCGGAACUCUGGGCCCUGCUCAACUUCCUGCUGCCCACCAUCUUCAAGAGCUGCAGCACCUUCGAGCAGUGGUUCAACGCCCCCUUCGCCAUGACCGGGGAGAAGGUGGACCUGAAUGAGGAGGAGACCAUUCUCAUCAUCCGGCGUCUACACAAGGUGCUCCGCCCCUUCCUGCUCAGGAGGCUGAAGAAGGAAGUGGAGGCCCAGCUGCCAGAGAAGGUGGAGUAUGUUAUAAAGUGUGACAUGUCAGCCCUGCAGAGGGUGCUGUAUCGCCACAUGCAGGCCAAAGGAGUGCUGCUGACCGACGGCUCAGAGAAGGACAAGAAGGGUAGAGGAGGCACCAAAGCUCUGAUGAACACCAUCGUGCAGCUGAGAAAGAUCUGCAACCAUCCCUACAUGUUCCAGCAGAUUGAGGAAUCAUUCUCAGAGCACUUGGGCUUCUCAGGGGGAUUUGUCCAAGGCCCUGACCUGUACCGGGCCUCUGGGAAGUUUGAGUUGCUGGAUCGCAUCCUGCCCAAGCUGCGGGCCACCAACCACAAGGUGCUGCUCUUCUGCCAGAUGACCUCGCUCAUGAACAUCAUGGAGGACUACUUCACCUACCGCAACUUCAAGUACCUGCGCCUCGAUGGAACCACGAAGGCUGAGGAUCGCGGCAUGCUGCUGAAGACCUUUAACGCUGCGGAGUCAGAGUAUUUUGUCUUCCUGCUGAGCACCAGAGCCGGGGGCUUGGGCCUCAACCUGCAGUCAGCCGACACCGUGGUCAUCUUUGACAGCGACUGGAACCCACAUCAGGACUUGCAGGCCCAGGACAGAGCCCACCGCAUCGGGCAGCAGAACGAGGUGCGCGUGCUGCGUCUCUGCACCGUCAACAGCGUGGAGGAGAAGAUCCUGGCGGCCGCCAAGUACAAGCUGAACGUGGACCAGAAGGUGAUCGAGGCGGGCAUGUUCGACCAGAAGUCCUCCAGCCACGAGCGACGCGCCUUCCUGCAGGCCAUUCUGGAGCACGAGGAGCAAGACGAGGAGCACAAAAAAAGUGGCGUGACGUCUUUCACUACUCAUGAGCAGGAGGAAGAUGAAGUCCCCGACGACGAGACACUGAACCAGAUGAUCGCCCGGAGUGAAGACGAGUUCGACCACUUCAUGCGUAUGGACCUGGACCGUCGGCGUGAGGAGGCGCGUAACCCCAAGCGGCGCCCCCGCCUGAUGGAGGAGGACGAGCUGCCCUCCUGGAUCCUGAAGGAUGACGCGGAGGUGGAGCAGCUGACCUACGAGGAGGAGGAGGAGAAGAUGUUUGGACGCGGCUCACGCCAGCGACGGGAGGUGGACUACAGCGACACGCUCUCCGACAAACAGUGGCUCAAGGCCAUAGAGGGCGACACCCUGGACGAGGCCGAGGAGGAAGUGCGGCAGAAGAAGGCCACGCGCAAGAGGAGGCGGGACCGCGACGCCGACUCCGAAGGCCCGUCCACAUCCGGCGGUGGCCGCGGCAGGAGUCGGGGGCGAGACCGGGACAGGGAGAGAGACAGGGAAAGGGAGAGGGAGAGAGAGAGGGAGAGAGACAGGGCGGAUGAUGGCGGUAGGAGACAGCGAAGACGGGGGCGGCCCCCCUCCGAAAAGAUCUCUCCCAAUCCUCCCAUGCUCACCAAGAAGAUGAAGAAGAUCGUGGAGGCCAUCAUCAAGUACAAAGACGGUAGUAACGGUCGUCAGCUGAGCGAGGCCUUCAUCCAGCUGCCGUCUCGCAAGGAGCUGCCGGAGUACUACGAACUCAUCCAGAAACCCAUGGACUUCAGGAAGAUCAAGGAGCGCAUCCGUAGCCAUCGCUACCGCAGCCUGAAUGACCUGGAGCGAGACGUCAUGCUGCUCUGUGAGAACGCACAGACCUUCAACCUGGAGGGCUCUCUGAUCUACGAGGACUCCAUCGUGCUGCAGUCCGUGUUCACCAGCCUCCGUCAGAAGAUCGAGAAGGAGGAGGAGGCUCGCGAGGGGGAGGAGAGCGAGGAGGAGAUGGAGGCCGAGGACGGCUCUGAGGCCGAACAGCGCUCUGUGAAGGUGAAGAUCAAGUUGAGUCGUAAGGAGAAGGAGAAGCCGGCGGAGAAGGAGGAGAAGAAAGGACGCCGCCGCGGAGGACACACGCGAGCCAAACCGGUCGUCAGCGACGACGACACAGAGGAGGAGACCAAGGAGGGUCGUUCAGGAGACGAGGACUAAACGCUCUCCAGGAGUGAAGAUGCAGAAGCUCUGGCAGACAGAUAAACAAACAAACAGAGGGAUGACGGAAAAGAAAAGAGAAGAGAAGAGGGGCUGAAGAGGAAGGUACUGUCACCCAACCAGACCCCAAUCAUGAGCUGUGUUUCCCCUCAGUCACUCUCAAAGCAUGAAAAGAAACAUAUGUAUUAUAACGUUCAUUUUGUCUAACUGUUUAAAUCAGGAUCCUCUGAUGAAGACGGAAGUUAUACCGUCGAAACAUGUCAGGUAAAAAGAAAACUUUUACAUGUCUGAAGUAAAAGAAAAACUGAAAUGUGAUGGGGAAAAAACAACAUUCUAAGCUAGAGGUUCCCAAGCUUUUUUUUUCACAAUCGCCCCCUUGUCCUCAUUAUCAGCCUCUCAACGCCCCCCUUACCGCGCGAUCACAUCGCUGGCGUUGAACGCGUGGAAAGAUGAAUAAUUAAUUGACUUUAUAUGGGAGAGCAGGCAGCAGAAGCGUUAAAAGCCGCAAGAGCGUUUCUAGAGUCGAGGGCGUCAAAAGCGUCAAAAGCCGAGGGUGUCAAAAGUUUAACUUCAUCUAAAAAUAUGUAAUGAGCUCGGCGCCAGCAGGCGUCAGCCAAUGGAAUGUUCACAUUUUUCUAAACACGAGCUUCGGUUGGUUGAGAUUCCUGGUCGAACGAUUCCUGUUGAAUCGUUUGCCGCGUUCAACGCCCCUGACCUGUGCUUUCCAGGCGGGAGUCAGCAGCGUUUUAGCUCUUUCAACGCCGGCAGUGAGAUCGCACGGUUAGUGUCAAAGGUAGUAGUAGGCACAGUAGCUGAGCUGGUUUGUUUUCAAAUACAUGGGAAUUAAAAAAGAAACUAAAUGAGGUGUGCAGAGGAGGUGAUGCGAGGGGGAUGACUGCUGGCCUUAUUGGAAAGCGUAAGCCCUGUCCCAUUGCUACCAGAGACGGUUAAUUCUAUUCAGAAGUGCUUCAAAUCGUUGUGUGAUGUUCAUUAUGUCUCAUGUACUGUUAAAUCAAGACUUGGGUUUUUCUUAUGCACGUCACACAUCAACAUCCAUGAUGUGACCCUCUGAUGAAGACGGAAGCUACACCGUCGAAACAUGUCUGUGAGGUAAAAGAUAUAACUUUUCCAAGUCUUAAACAUAAGAAAAACCUACGUCUUGAGUGCUUAAAAUCCCUUCAAAUUUGCCCUUGAAUUGGAGUGAGGCUGAGACGACCCCCCAGCACCUACAAACGAAGUGGAAGAUAAAAGGGAGUCAAGUGAGUGACGUGUAAAGGGUGAGAAAUGGGACGCUGCUGCCUACUGUGUGCUCAUGUUUGCUCCCUUGAACCGAAGCUUCGCACCUUGUGAUGACGACCCUCAUCCUAGUGGACCAGACUUUUUCAGUUUGCUUCGCUUUGGAUUAAAAAAACCCUCUCUGGCUCUAGAUAUACUGUACAUAGUGUGUAUACUUUCUGGGUAGCAGAUACUUCCUCCUUGGAACUUCGAUAUUGUUGCACUUGCCUUCAGUAUUGGCUUGCUGAUUGGUUGGUUCAUCUAUGUAAUUGGUCCGACAACCCAAUAGUCCGACAAUUGACCGUUGAGUAUGUGUCUGUCUAUAAGAAAAAGACCCAUUAGUCCGACAUCCCAUCACUCCAACCACCACACGUUAAAACCAUGCCCAAACCAAAACAAUUCCUAUCCUUAACCGACAGUAAAGGCAUGCUCUGUCAAUGUACAAUUGUUUUAGCGUUAUAACUUUGUAAAUAUUCACUUUUAGUUAGCUGAAAAGUUAAAACUAUGCCCAAACCAAAAACAAAUCCUAACCUUAGCCGUUUGUAAAGGCACAUUUUUGCACGCAUAUUUUUUGUCUGAAAAAGACAUGCCCACAUCUGUCUGACAAAUGGGAUGUCGGACCAAUGGGAUUCCUGUUAUGCUCCGCUAUGGCUUAUUUUCGAACUUCCGAGCUGUCGGACUAAUGGGCCAAUCACGAUUGGGUUGCUUUGUUUGAACAUCACCAUAGAAACAGAAGCUUUAGAUCUUACUCACGGCACUAUGCCUGACUACACAACGUGUCCUUUGGACAAAAGAAGAUGUGAUGCUGUUUUUUCUGUAGCUCUCACUUUUCCAGUUGACGUUUGGCGUUAGUUGACUUUAUCAUUGCAAUCGUUCGUCAAUUUGUCAUAGGUUAUGGUCGAGACAGCAAAAAAGAUGAAAACGUGCUGUGAAUAUGCCUGUGGUUUAUCUUUUAAAGGUGAAUUGUGGUUAUCCUCACAACACACACACGAGAGAGAGAGCAUCAUAUUAGCUUGUUUUGUCCUAGGUGCCAUGAAGAACUCUGCUGUAUAAUUUAACUCCAUAUUACACUUUCCCAUCGAAUCCCCCACCGGGAAAUGAAAUCUUUCUCAAGCGGUUAACAAGGCCAGACUGUAAUUCAAGUGACUGUUGUGUUUUAGUUAGAGGAAAGAAACGCACGGCUGUAGAUGUUUGUACAGAAACCCUAGUUCUAGCUUAGCCAAUAGGAUCGCACUUCUCCAUGAGGUGAUGUCUCCCCAUAGACUUGUUGCUUAAUCACCCCCACGGCUCAUCUCUGCUGGUUUGUGUGAUAUAUCCUCCUCCUUGUUUCCGCGGGAUCUAUGUGUGUAUGUGUGUGUGUGUGUGUGUGUUUGCGUGUGCAUCUUACAUUUUUAUUAGGGAUACUUAGUGCUUCGUCGCCACCCUGCUGGCGAUAUUUUUCUGAGGAUAAUUUCUAUCCUGUGUUGUGUAACCAAGUACCACAAGAUGUUAAAGAACUGCAAUAAAAAAAAAACAUGAUG